AUGGCCAACCAACCCCAUCACUUGAUCAUCGACCCAUGGUCGCAAGGCCUAAAUGUCAUGCGCGAUGUCUUCUCACGCUGGUCCCGACUGGACAUCACGCAGGUCGGCUCGGCGAUUGCCAUUGUCGGCACAAUUCCCACAGCAGUCCGACUCAUGGGUCGCGUCUGGCGAGAAGCCUACCAUUGGGUUCGACUAUGCUUCCUCGCCGAAGUGAAAAUCCCAGGGGGCGAUCCACUCAACCGGAGCGUAGUGAAAUGGCUCCUAGAAAAACGACCGCGGCAUCAUCGAUCAUUCACUGGACGGACCCAGGUCCAGCACGCUCGCUCAACCCCCGAUCUCGGGGCGGCCCUGAAGAAGACGCGCCACCAGGCGCAGUACUGCCCGCAUUGGCACUCGCGCUGGUUCUUCCAGCAAGGUGACUUUUUCAUUGUCAACCGCGCGGCAGAUAGUUUCAGCGCGGCGCUCUCGGAUCCGAGCUACGACGGGAUUGGAGGCGAGGAGCUCACAAUCAGCUGUCUAGGCUGGUCCGCAGCACCCGUCAUGCGCUUCAUUGAAGAAUGUCGCGCGUAUACAGACCGACAGGCGCAGUUCUUCGUCAUCAUCUACGCACGCGAUCGGUACGGCCUUGCCUGGAAGCCUAAAACGAGGACGCCGAUCCGGCAUCUUGAUACGGUGCAUCUGGACAAGGACGUGAAGGACUGCCUCAUAUCGGACGUGCGCAACUAUCUGGACCCCAAGACGCAGAAGCGGUACCAGAGCCGGAGUAUGCCCUACCGGAGAGGGUACCUCUUCUACGGCCCGCCAGGUACGGGGAAAUCCUCAUUGUCUGUGGCGAUUGCUGGCGAGUUCGGACUGGACAUUUAUGAAGUCAAAAUCCCGAUGAUUGCUACGGAUGCCGAUCUGGAGCACAUGUUUCAGGAGAUCCCGCCCCGAUGCGUUGUGCUUCUCGAGGACAUUGACGCCGUGGGUGUCGAUUGCGCAGCCUCGGACAAGUCAUCCGCGAGUCAGGACGGCAAAGAGCCCAUGCCGAAUUGCACAAUGUCCGGUCUGCUCAAUGUGCUUGAUGGCGUGAGCUCUCAGGAGGGCCGCAUCGUGAUCAUGACCACCAACCGGCCGGAGCAGCUGAACAGCGCCCUCGUGCGCCCAGGGCGCGUCGACAUGAAGGUGCUGCUCGGCAACAUUAGCCAGGCGUCGUCGCAGGAGAUGUUUCUUCGCAUGUUCGCCCCGGAGCUCGGCAUCGCGCAGCCGUUGGAUUCGGAGGAGCUGCUGGCGCUUGCUGCGCAGUUUGCCAGUCAAAUCCCCGAGGACACGUUUACCCCUUCUUUUCUGCAGGGAUUCUUUCAGCUUCACCUGGACUGUCCCCGUGAGGCGGCGGCCAGCAUUGGACCGUGGGUGCAAAAGGCACUUGCGCGUGGCGUCGAAGGGGACUUUGAGAUGGUCAACCGCAAUAAGAACGGUUGA